AUGGAACUGAACUACACAGCAGAGGACCCAAUCGCCUUCCCCUUCAAAAUGGUGUCGGGGGAAGUUCAGCAACACAUGCUGGGCUGGAACAUUCCUGCAGAACACCAAGGCCUGGUGCACGAACACUGGCGCCAAUUUCCAGCGGUAGACAAGUUCUCUCACUACCUUAUGGCACUCAUCUAUUUCAUCCUGAUGAUUUCCUCUAUCACCGGCAACUCGCUUGUUAUUUGGAUUUUCAGCACAUCCAAAUCACUUCGAUCUGCAAGCAACAUGUUCAUUGUCAAUCUGGCUAUAUUCGAUUUAACCAUGAUGCUGGAGAUGCCCCACUUAAUAGUGAACUCGUUUUAUCAAAGAAUGCUUGGCGAUCAGAUUGGGUGUGACAUUUAUUCCGUAUUUGGAGCCUUAUCAGGGAUCGGUGGAUCAAUUACAAAUGCUGUCAUAGCUUACGAUAGAUAUAAGACUAUCUCGUGCCCGAUCGAUGGUCGCAUCAACAAAGUGCAAGCAUCCAUCUUGAUUGCAGUCACCUGGAUGUGGGCAAUGCCAUUCACUCUUCUACCCUGGACCCGAGUCUGGGGCCAAUUUACAACUGAGGGAUUCCUUACCACCUGCUCAUUUGAUUUCUUGAGCGAAGAUCAAGAUACAAAAGCCUUCGUUGCGUGCAUAUUCUGCUGGAGCUACGUCAUUCCCAUGACUCUGAUUUGCACAUUCUACUCUAAAUUAUUUGUUGCGGUACGUCAUCAUGAGAAAAUGCUGAAGGAGCAGGCCAAGAAAAUGAACGUCAAAUCCUUGGCUUCGAACAAGGAAGAUGCUGGUAAGAGCGUGGAGAUCAGGAUAGCGAAGGUGGCCUUCACAAUCUUCUUCCUAUUCGUUUGCUCUUGGACUCCCUACGGUGUCGUUGCUAUGAUUGGAGCUUUCGGUGACAGGUCUCUCCUUACACCUGUAGUCACAAUGAUUCCAGCUGUCUUCUGUAAAACGGUCUCCUGUAUCGAUCCUUGGGUUUAUGCUAUUAACCACCCAAGAUUCCGGGCUGAACUGGAGAGGAGAGUUCCAUGGAUGGGUGUCCGUGAACCCGACCCAGACGCGACUUCCACUAACGCCAGUACAUCGACAACACCAGCUGAUGCCUAA